GACUAGUUUUUUUUUUUGUUUCCAACGGCAUUAAUUAUAGCAAAAACCACACCCACCACAUACACAUAGUAGAGGACAGGAUUUGAUAGCAUGAUGAUGAGAAUGAGAUGAGAUGAUACUAUACAUACUAUCACCACAAUUCUUCCACAACACAACAAUACUUUCCAAUUCUUUCUUCACUCACUCACUCACUCUUCAUGGCCUCACUAAUUAGACUCUCCAUUUCUCUCGACUCUUUCGAUUCAAUCCCUACUCGUAACCCCAAUUCCAAACCUCAUCUUCGUACUUCCAAACCAACGCUUCCCACCCCAAACAAAUCACAUAUCAAAACCGAUUUCAAAUUCAGCAACGCAUCGUUUCGUGCAUUAACCAACAAACAGGAUUGGAAAGCCGCCGAAAAACUGGUUCGUCAAAUGAUUCUUGCUUCGGAUUCUUCCGAACCACUAACCUAUCAUGUUUUCAACACACUAAUCUACGCUUGUUCAAAACGUGGAUUAGUCAAAUUAGGUUCUAAAUGGUUCAAAAUGAUGUUAGAUUGUAGCGUUACACCGAAUAUGGCGACGUUUGGAAUGUUAAUGCGACUUUACCAGAAGACUUGCAAUGUUGAAGAAGCGGAAUUUGCUAUGUCAGAGAUGAAAAGGUUUGGUAUAGUUUGUGAAUCUGCUUAUUCGUCUAUGAUAACAAUUUAUACGCGGUUAGGGUUAUAUGAAAAAGCUGAAAGUGUAAUUGAGUUGAUCAAGACUCAAGUAAUUGUUUUGAAUGUUGAAAAUUGGUUGGUAAUUUUGAAUGCUUAUUGUCAACAAGGGAAAAUGGUGGAAGCCGAACGAGUUUUGCUGAGAAUGGAAGUGGAGGCUGGGUUUUGUAUUAAUAAUGUUGUUGUUUAUAAUACUAUGAUAACUGGGUAUGGUAAGGCCUCAAAUAUGGAUGGUGCCGAGAGUGUGUUUUCGAGUUUGGGUUUGAGAGGGAUUGAGCCUGAUGAAACUAGUUAUCGCUCCAUGAUUGAGGGUUGGGGUAGAGCUACUAAUUAUGAAAAGGCUAGGUGGUAUUAUGACGAGUUGAAGAGGUUAGGGUUUAAGCCGAAUUCGUCUAAUUUGUUUACGAUGAUAAAGUUGCAAGCGAACAAGGGAGAUUUCGAAGGUGUGGUUGGAACAGUUGAUGACAUGGUUAGAUGUGGAUGUCAUUAUUCUUCGAUAAUUAGUACUCUUGUUAGUGUUUAUGAGAGUGCUGGGAAGGUUCACGAGUUACCACGUUUGCUCAAAGGUUCGUUUUAUCGGCACAUUUUGGUUAACCAAAGCUGUUGUUCCACUGUGGUAAUGGCUUAUGUGAAGAACAAGUUGGUGGAAGAUGCGCUUAGAGUGUUGAGUGAUAAGAAAUGGAAGGAUUCGAGGUACGAGGAUAAUUUAUAUCACCUGUUGAUUUGUUCUUGCAGAGAGGAAGGUUUGCUAGAGGAUGCUGUUGGAAUAUAUAAGCAGAUGACAGAAACUGAUGACAACGAGAAGAAGCUCAACAAGCACAUUGUUUGUACAAUGAUUGACAUUUAUAGUGUCAUGGGACGUUUCAAAGAUGCAGAGAUGUUGUAUCACAAGCUCAAGACGUCUUCUUCAUCAAAUUCCUUGGAUAUGAUUGCUUUUAGCAUUGCUGUGAGGAUGUACGUUCGAGCUGGAUCUUUGAAAGACGCUUGUUCUGUUUUGGAUGAUAUUGACAAGCGGCCCGAUAUUGUUCCAGACAUGUUUUUGUUGCGUGAUAUGCUGCGUAUUUAUCAGAGAUGUAACAUGGUGGAUAAGUUAGAAAAAGUGUACUGCAAGAUCUCGAAAGAUCGGGUUAAUUGGGAUCAGGAAGUUUAUAAUUGUGUCCUAAAUUGCUGUGCUCAGGCUCUGCCGGUAGAUGAGCUUUCGAGGCUUUUUGAUGAGAUGCUCCAGCGAGGAUUCGUGCCAAACACAAUUACCUAUAAUGUCAUGCUUCAUGUUUUCGGGAAAGCAAAACUUUUCAAGAAAGUUGAGAGGCUGUACUGUAUGGCUAGGAAACAAGGCCUGGUUGAUGUCAUCACUUACAAUACUAUUAUAGCUACUUAUGGCAAAAAUAAGGACUUCAGCAACAUGUCAAGAACUGUUCACAAGAUGCAAUUUGAUGGAUUCUCAGUUUCCCUUGAGGCGUACAAUUCGAUGCUGGAUGCUUACGGAAAAGAUGGCCAAAUGAACGCGUUUAGAUCUGUUCUGCAAAGGAUGAAGGAAUCAAAUUGUGCUUCUGAUCUCUACACAUACAACACCAUUAUCAAUAUCUACGGGGAACAAGGAUGGAUUGAAGAAGUCGCCGAUGUGCUUGCGGAAUUGAAUGAAUGCGGACUUCAACCUGAUUUGUGCAGCUAUAACACUUUGAUCAAGGCAUAUGGAAUUGCAGGAAUGGUCGAAGAGUCUGUAAACGUGAUCAGGGAAAUGAGAAAAAAUGGAAUAGAACCUGACCACAAAACCUACACUAAUCUUAUCGAGGCACUGAAGCGCAAUGAUAAGUUUUUAGAAGCUGUUAAAUGGUCGCUAUGGAUGAAGCAGAUGAAAUUAUAAAUUGUUAGGUUUAAGGAGCUGCUUAUAUUAGUGGAUACCUGACAAGUUGGUGACAAUAGGACGAAAACUAAUCUUUCCCCCUCAGAAUGGGAAUUGUUAGGUUUAAGGAGCUGCUUAUAAUGGUGGUUACCUGCCAAGCCUCUUCGCUGUUCUCACAGCUUCAUUCACCAGGUGUUUUGGCAAUUGGAAGUAGCAUGAAAGGACAGAAUUCAUAUUCACAUCACUUGGACUCAUAUAAACAUUUCCAUGGCAUUGGACAACUAUGGAAUACUCUUCAGUCUUCUCAGCAAAGUGAAUAUGUUUCAAAGCAUUGAUGAUGCUUUCGUGUGCUGUGGUCUUGUUUCAAUGCUUCCUUUGUUGAAAGUUUAUACAUGGCUAUCAUUGUAGAUUAUUACAGUUCUCUCUCGAGUCCCUGAAGCUAGCUAUUGAUGAGCACAGGAAUCCUGCAGAUUUGAAGAAAAAGCUUGAUGAGGCUGUUGCUUUAGUUGCCAAAAAGUACAAAGCUAUCCUUGGAUAUGAUUCCUUUUAGCAUUUUUGUGAGGAUGUACGUUCGAGCUGGAUCUUUGAAAGACGCUUGUUCUGUUUUGGAUGAUAUUGACAAACGGCCCGAUAUUGUUCCAGACAUGUUUUUGUUGCGUGAUAUGCUGCAGAUUUAUCAGAGAUGUAAUAUGGUUGAUAAGUUAGACAAAGUGUACUGCAAGAUCUCGAAAGAUCAGAUGAAUUGGGAGCAGGAAGUUUAUAAUUGUGUACUAAAUUGCUGUGCUCAGGCUCUGCCGGUAGAUGAGCUUUCGAGGCUUUUUGAUGAGAUGCUGCAGCAUGGAUUCCUGCCAAACACAAUUACCUAUAAUGUCAUGCUUAAUGUUUUCGGGGAAGCGAAGCUUUUCAAGAAAGUUAGGAGAUUGUACUUAAUGGCUAAGAAACAAGGCAUGGUUGAUGUCAUCACUUACAAUACUAUUAUAGCUACUUACGGCGAAAAUACAAUCUUCAGCAACAUGUCUAGAACAUUUCGCAAGAUGCAAUUUGAUGGAUUCUCUAUUUCCCUUGAAGCGUACAAUUCGACUGGAUGGUUAUAGAGAAGAUGGUCAAAUGGACGUGUUUAGAUAUGUGCUGCAAAUGAUGAAGGAAUCAAAUUGUGAUUCUGAUAUACAACAUUGUUAUCAAUAUAUAUGGUGAACAAGGAUGGGUCGAAGAAGUCACCGAUGUGCUUGUGGAAUUGAAUGAAUGCGGACUUUGACCUGAUUUGUGCAGUUAUAACACAUUGAUCAAGGUAUAGGGAAUUGCAGGAAUGGUCGAAGAGUCUGUAAACGUGAUCAGGGAAAUGAGAAAAAAUGGAAUAGAACCUGACCAGUAAACCUACACUAUAUCAUAAAAUUUCUCCGUUAUACAUUUGAACACGUGCUGCUUCCCGUUUGUUCUCUUCAAUGACCUUGCAUGAUGUUUGUAUGCUUAGACUUUAUCUUUCUUGUCCCAAAUCCUUUGAUCAUUUUUAAAAAUUAGUUUUACCCUAUGUCAAAUACUUGUAGUGACUCACAGUACCACUCCAUUGAUUACCAACCUUCCUUAAUACCUAAUGUUGCGAAAUUAGUAUUUUAUAUCUAUGAUUUAAAAUAUAGACAAUCUAUAUGCCAAUUUGAUGAAAGGUGAAAUUCCUAAACCAGUUUCACUAGUAAGCAUACAAUAGAUACAAAAUGCAAAUACAAAAAUUAGGUGGCAGUGGAACAUGUAGAGCUAUUUUUCUUGAAAAUUAUUUUGGCAAAGGCAAAGUAUGGAAAAUGUCUCUAUGAAUGAUGGGUGGACUGGUUGGCCUACAUCUCUACUGUAAGUGGUGACAUUGUAUUAAUUUUCAUGGUUGUUUGUGUGUAUGUACCAUUUUGUAUUGAAUUAGAAUACCUGUAAUACUCUUUUAAUUAUCUGUAUUUUAUAUUAGAAUAUACCUGUUAA